CCAAAUAAAUCUAUUACCGAAUGAAGGCCCGCGUGGAAAUGGGCGGCACGGCAGACAAGAGCAAUCCAUGCCAGAGACCGGAGCCCUGGAACUGUCUUGCUGCAGCUGGGUCUGAGUGGGGCUGGGAAGGGCGUUAACCCUGGCGGUGCCGGGGCAGGUAAAAUAUUUGCUUUUGCUGAAGACUUUGCCAUGCUAAGAAGAUGGAAGAAAAUAAAAUGACAGUCUCCUCACCAUUUGGGCUGCACUUAGUGCACUUGGAUCUCAAAGGUGCUCCACCAAAGGUCUCCUACCUGGCUGAGAUCUUUCCUUUAUUUCGUACCCUUGGUGCCAAUGGUCUUCUCAUUGAGUAUGAAGACAUGUUUCCUUAUGAGGGAGAGCUGAAGCCACUGAGAGCAGAGCAUGCUUACAGUGCCUCAGAGAUUAAAGAGAUUUUAAAUUUGGCAAAAUUGCACGAGUUAGAAGUUAUCCCUCUGGUGCAGACCUUUGGACACAUGGAAUUUGUCCUAAAACACCAAGAGUUUUCUCAUCUCCGGGAGGUGGAGAUGUUUCCAAACGCCCUCAACCCACACAAAGAGGAAUCCCUGAUGCUGGUCAGUGCAAUGAUUGACCAGGUGGUGGCGCUGCAUGAUGGCUUACGAUGGUUUCACAUAGGCUCUGAUGAGGUCUACUAUCUCGGGGAAGGGGAGGAGUCAAAGCAGUGGCUGCAGAAAGAAGAGAACAGCACAGAGAAGCUAUGUCUGUCCCACAUGAAAGCUGUUGCAAGUUGCAUGGUCUCGUCUCAUCCGGCGGUGAAGCCCAUUGUGUGGGAUGAUAUGCUCAGGGGGGUGAGUGAGGAAACGCUGACAGAGUCCGGGGUAGCUCAGCUGAUGGAGCCAAUGAUCUGGGACUAUGCACCGGAUCUUGACGAGAAUGACAAAGUGCUUCUCGUUGAAAAGUACCACAAGUGUGGCUUCCCCAAGCUGUGGUUUGCUAGUGCCUUUAAAGGAGCCACUGGGGCGAAUCAGUCUCUAACCCUGAUUGGACACCACCUAAAAAACCAUCUGCAGUGGCUGAAAGUGGCAAACAGCACUCCUGCUGAUAUGCUCCAAGGCAUCGCCCUGACUGGCUGGCAAAGGUAUGACCACUUCUCUGUCUUAUGUGAGCUUCUUCCAGUGGGAAUCCCAUCACUAGCUGUGUGUCUACAGGCACUACAGAAUGGUGGCUAUUCUGAAAAGGUUAAAGAAAAUGUGGAGAAACAGCUGGGGCUCUCAAGUCUGGAAAUUGACACUUUCAUGAGUGAAAGUUCAGGGACCUUUCCAGGGAGUGACAUCUUCACACUUGUGACUCAGGUCUGCUUCUAUCUGAAGCCCUCAGUGGAUGAACUUCUUGAAAGAAACAGGUAUGUCACAGGCUGGUUCAGCCCCUACCACAGAAAGAGGAAGAUUGUUCAUCCUAUAAUGAUGCAUCAUUUUCAGCCGGAUGCAUUAAGGGUCACCUGAUGAUCUCAUCUCUUUUGUCAUGACUUAAUUGCAAAUGUAGUUGGUGCAGUUGGCGAAUGAUCAUGGUGAAGAACAUGAACUGUAGCACGCUCUGUUCACGUCUUCCUUUGGUUUCUGUUUAGUCUUCUAGACAAGUGGAAUGCUGUGAUGCAAGAGCUUCAAGCAGCCCUUAACAGAGUUUUCUACAUGUGUACCCUAGAAGAGUGGAUGGAGGAGAAUGUCCAUCCCAGCUUACACAAACUGCAGGAAGUAGUGGAUGACCUAGACAAAGCAAUACAAGCACAAUCCUAGCUGCCCUCACAAACUGCCAGACGACUUAUCUGAGACCCUGCCUGGUACAAAUUCAUGAGUAACAGUAUAGCCAAAGCUUAAACCACCCAUGGAAUAAACGGGAUGCAACUUCCCUGAAGUUGAGCUGGGCCAUAUCCACAGCAAGGAAUUUGCAUCAGCACAGCUAGAAUGAUGAAGUAUGAAAAUGUGGAGUUCUAUCUUUACCUCCAACCAAUGCCAAAACUCAGCCUCUGAAAUCAGCUACUGCAAUGUGCAUACUUGACCAGACUUACUCCAGUGUAUAACAAUGAAAGCAAGAACGAGGCGAAGCUUGGCUGUGUUCUUAGUAGUAAGAGAAUAGGGAAAGGAGAAAGUGCAUCAAGACAGAUCUUGAAUUUUGAAAAUCUCUCCCUUUUAGGUAAAAGUGACCUGAAAAAGUAAUGUGGCAAAUUCCAGUCACUCACCAGUAUGAGCUGAAUGCCCCUCAAGAUUCCGCAUACUUCUGCCUUGUUGUAGGUCUUUAUCUCCUUCCAUUAUGGCCAUCUGAUUCUUGCUCAGAGGCAGUGUUCCGGUACGUAUCCUACUGCAGCAUCAUGACAAAACUUCAGUCAAUCCAUGGCUCUGGAUAAGUCCUGUUUGUGACAUUCUUAGUUUCUAAAGUAUAGAAAGGAACUUUAAAAAACAAAAAGCCUAUAUCCAGCUUUGAGGACGUUCAGAACUGAAGGUCACAACUUGAUCUUUUUAAAAAAAAAAUUUAUUAAGAUACAGGUCUUAACUGGCUUUUUAGGAGAACAGGAGAAAGAUGUCCUUGAGGGCUGUGACAUCACAGCAUCGUGUAUAACGGGGUAUCAAAGCAGGAGUCAGCUGGCUUCAGUGGACUUACAGGACUUGAAAUGAGAGGUGGGAAACUAAUGUUUGGUAAUGUGCUGAACACUGCAGUCUGGUUAUUUGAGGAAGUUUCUUAAAGCCUCUUAACGUAACAGAAAAGUACCCAAAUCACUUCAGACACCCUUCAGUUGUUAGCUUCAUAACUAUAAAUCUGACUUCUGUUGCAUCUACUUGCAAAGUUAGAAACUAGUCUGAAGUCAAUAGAAAGACACCCAUAGGCUUUCUGUGCUUGAGGUGAGGGCUCUUAAUGGUUUAUAGACAAGUUCAUGUUUCAUAGCCUUGUAAACUGGUUAACAAGCAUAUUGUAACUACUGGGCACAAAAUAAGUCAGUGAAAAUCAGAUACUCCAAGUGUGAAUUUACAAUAAACAUUCAAAAUACCUUUUAAAA